AUGUCCCAGCAGCUCGUCUUGCGAGUCAAGCGCUUGUCGCCCAAUGCCGUCCUCCCCUUCCGCGCGACUGUGGGCGCCGCGGGCUACGAUCUCUGCAGUUCGGAGAAUUGCGUGGUGCCCGGAAGAGGCAAGGCGUUGGUGAGCACCGACCUCGCCAUGGCCAUCCCGCCCGACCACUAUGGCCGCAUUGCGCCCCGAUCGUCGGUGUCGUGGAAGAACCACGUGGACGUGGGCGCUGGCGUGAUCGACGCCGACUAUCGCGGCCACGUCAAGGUGUGCCUCUUCAACCACGCCGACGCCGACUUCACCAUCCAGCAGGGCGACAAGAUCGCCCAGCUGAUCGUCGAGCGUAUCUCCCUGCCCGACGUCGAAGAGGUGGACGACAUUGAUGCCACGGUGCGCGGCGAGGGCGGAUUCGGGUCGACCGGCGUGUCCUCCAAGCACUAA